AUGUUCAUUCGCAGUGCCUGGCGGCUUGUUUCCCUGGGCCGGGGCUGGUUUCCAGCAGGAGCUCCCAAAUCCUUCCCCUGCCGCCCCGGGCUGUCCCACGGCAGGGCUGGCAGCGGAGGAGCCGUGCCCAGGCACUGCAGGACACAGGCAGGGUGUCCUCCUGGGCUCCAGUGGGCAGACACAGCUCAAACGCCCGAUUUGCCCGCUUGUGCAUGCAGGCUGCGUCCCUCUGUGCCGUUUCGAAGGGCUGCUUUGCCUCUACGGCUCAAAUGGAAAAAAGCAAAGAUUAAAAACCAUCCCCCCCCACCCUCCGGCACAGCUGCAAACACUUCGUCAUGCAAAUCUCCCCAUAAUGGUCACUGCUGUGUUGAUUUAACAAGCCCUGUGGACUGGGUUUCUGCUUGCCAAGCCGGCCGCUGGAUUUCUAGGAAACCGAGGGAUGAGGCAGGUAGUUUUGCUCCAAGUUUGUGGCCUGAUGCGAUCAGACGCUGCGCAGCGGACAAGGACCACGACCGCCGGCCACCCUGCACUGUGCCGGGCGAGGAGCAAAAGCCCUUGAUCAAGCGAAGCUGCUGCUGCCGCCAAGGCACGGAUAGGGCACAGGUUGAUGUUGGGAGAUGGGGCACGGAAAGCAUGGGAAAGCAGCAGGGGCUCUGGGCUUCACGGGGCAUGGGAGAGUUCCCGGGCACUGGCUAAAGGAUGUUAAUAAGGGCAGGGGGGGGGGGGGCGGAAAGGAACGGCAAAAUGAGGCUAAAAUGUAUGGACAAACGUCAACAGCGCAACGUGAAAGCAAAACCCAGGGGAAGGCCAGCUGAUCCGGUCGCAGCGUGGGCGCAGUUGGGUGCUGGCCGAGGGCUGAUGGGGCGCAGAGGUUGCUGCAGUCUUUGCUGACGGGGCCGUCAGCUGCAGGACGGGGCUGCUCUGGACCCCGGAGCUCGGAGGAAAACCACUGCUCCCAAAGUGGUGUCGUGUUCCCCCCCCCCGGCGCACGCACAUGCGCGCAUAGGCCCGGGCGGAUAAACGGCAAGCUCAGUAAAAACCCAGAGUUCAAGACCUUGGAGCCUCUCGGGAGGAACAUGCUAAAUAAAGAAACGAAACAUGCUGUGUUUAUCGUCUUCCCCAUGAAUGCGUGUUGCAGCCGGGCUGCUGCAGCACGCACGCCUGCGCUCCAGGACGGUGACGGGAGGCUGGGAGG